AUGGCGAAUCGGACAGUAAAGGACGCGAAAUCCAUUCGCGGUACAAAUCCGCAAUAUUUAAUAGAAAAAAUAAUAAGAUCACGCAUUUACGAUUGCAAAUAUUGGAAAGAAGAAUGUUUUGCUUUAACAGCCGAAUUGCUUGUAGACAAAGCCAUGGAGUUAAGAUACAUAGGAGGCGUGCAUGGUGGCUUCAUUUAUCCAACUCCAUUUCUAUGUUUAGUAUUAAAAAUGUUACAGAUACAACCUGAAAAAGAUAUUGUUGUUGAAUUUAUAAAAAAUGAAGAGUUCAAGUAUGUGCGUGCUUUAGGUGCGUUUUAUAUGCGAUUAACUGGUUCAUCACUAGAUUGUUAUAAAUAUUUAGAACCUCUGUAUAAUGAUAAUAGAAAGCUGCGGCGGCAAAAUCGUGAAGGGCAGUUUGAAAUAGUGCACAUGGAUGAGUAUAUUGAUGAAUUACUACGUGAAGAGCGUUUAUGUGAUGUUAUUUUGCCAAGAAUUCAAAAAAGGCACAUAUUGGAAGAAAACAAUGAAUUAGAACCCAAAGUAUCUGCUCUUGAUGAUGAUAUGGAUGAAGAUAUGCCCUCUGAAGAAGAAAAUGUUGACACCGAGACCAAAGAGAACAAGCGAGAGAAAGAUAAUACUGUUAGGAGGGACAGAGACAGAAGAAGAGAGAGAUCUCGAGACCGUGAACGACGUGAAAAAGAACGCAAGCGCGAUCGCUCCCGAAGUAGAGAGCGGGAAAGACGUCGGGAGAGAGAAAGAGAGCGUGAGAGGGAGCGAGACAGAGAACGCAUUCGUGAGCGCGAGAGAGACAGAGAAAAGGAAAGACGAGAAAGACAUGAAGCGGACAGACGAAGGGAUAGAGGACGUUAU